ACACAUCGCCAUUUUUCCAUAGUCAUUACCAACACUUUCAACAGAAAGCAACACUCUUUAACCAUGUUUAAGUUAAUUUACUUGAUUCUCACAAUUUGUUUAACCAUCAAUUUCUCAUCACAAUCAGAGAAGAAGAGCUUAAAGGUUCAUGUAACCAAAAAGGCCAUCUUUAAUGUUUCCAUCGAUGGUGUCCCUAAAGGAUCAAUAACUAUUGGUUUGUUUGGCGAUGCUGCUCCAAGAACCGUUAAAAAUUUUGCUGCUUUGGCUAGUAAAGAAGGUUUUAAUGGUUUGAGCUACAAAGGAAGUACCUUUCAUCGAAUCAUUCCUGAUUUCAUGAUCCAAGGAGGUGAUAUAACUGAAAAGGAUGGCUCUGGAUCGAUCUCAAUUUAUGGAAAGUAUUUUGAGGAUGAAAAUUUCAAAAUAAAUCACAGUGAAGCGGGAUUGAUUUCAAUGGCAAAUGCUGGUAAAGAUACAAAUGGAUCGCAGUUUUUCAUUACAACUGUGGUUACAGAUUGGUUGGAUGGUAAACACACUGUUUUUGGUAAGGUUUUGGAUGGAAUGGAUGUUGUUAAAGCAAUUGAACAGUUGGCCACUGACAGUGAGGAUAAACCAUUCACAGAAGCAAAAAUUGUUGAUUCAAUGGUUAUUGAUGCUGAUGAAAUGAUCAUCUUAAGCCAGUGAAAAUUAACUGAAUAGUUCAACAGAUCUAAAUAUUUAUCAAUUGAUGUACUUUUUUCAUAUUUUAUAACGAAACUGAAAUUUGUUUAUUGUUUGAACCCAGACUGUUGUUAUUGUGCACAUUAACUUGUAAAGAUACUUCUUACUUUACAAGUUUAUUUGAAUGAAGGACAAUUUGUUGUCGAUACCAAUCAAACUUUGAUUAUUAUAUGAAUUAAACGAAAUCGACACUUAUAUUUGAUUUCAGAAA